UGCUGUCACCUUCCCUGUAGCCGUGGAGACGCAGAGCACCAGCUCGGAGGAGAUCGUGCCCAGCCCGCCCUCGCCCCCUCCCCUGCCCCGCAUCUACAAGCCCUGCUUCGUCUGCCAGGACAAGUCCUCCGGGUACCACUAUGGGGUGAGCGCCUGCGAAGGCUGCAAGGGCUUCUUUCGCCGCAGCAUCCAGAAGAACAUGGUGUACACGUGCCACCGGGACAAGAACUGCAUCAUCAACAAGGUGACGCGCAACCGGUGCCAGUACUGCCGCCUCCAGAAGUGCUUCGAAGUCGGCAUGUCCAAGGAGUCUGUCCGCAAUGACCGGAACAAGAAGAAGAAAGAUGUGCCCAAGCCGGAGUGCUCGGAGAGCUACACCAUCACACCUGAGGUGGAGGAGCUCGUCGAGAAGGUGCGCAAAGCCCACCAGGACACCUUCCCUGCCCUCUGCCAGCUUGGCAAAUACACUACGAACAACAGCUCGGAGCAGCGGGUGUCCCUGGACAUUGACCUGUGGGACAAGUUCAGUGAGUUGUCCACCAAGUGCAUCAUCAAGACGGUGGAGUUUGCCAAGCAGCUCCCUGGCUUCACCACGCUCACCAUCGCUGACCAGAUCACUCUCCUCAAAGCCGCCUGCCUUGAUAUCCUGAUCCUGCGGAUCUGCACGCGCUACACACCGGAUCUGCUGCCCCUGGAGAUGUACGAUGCUGAGACAGGGCUUCUCAGCGCCAUCUGCCUCAUCUGCGGAGGUGGGUGCAGGGAUGGGGGGUGCAGGGAUGAGGGGUGCAGAGACAGGGGGUGCAGGGGUCCACUGCUGGAGGCGCUGAAGGUGUAUGUGAGGAAGAGGAGGCCCAACAGGCCCCACAUGUUCCCCAAGAUGCUCAUGAAGAUCACGGAUCUCCGCAGCAUCAGUGCCAAGGGCGCCGAGCGGGUGAUCACGCUGAAGAUGGAGA